UCUUAGCUUAUAAAAAGUUGAAAAGAAAAAAGGUAAUCCACAUUAUAAUAUUUACAGAUUACACCACUGUUAAAUUUUUUGAUAUUAUAACAAUAAUUUUGUAAGGUGUUUUUUGAUUACGUGAGAUGAUCCCACCAAUAAUAGCCAAUGGGGGACACAUCAAGACAUUCAUUAUCAUCUUAAUAAUAUCUCUCUUCAUUUUUCACUUUCUCUCUCUUCCUUGCAUGCAUGAGGAGGCAAACCAGCCCCUCUUCCCCUUUCCCUCUCAUCAUUUCACCUUUUUUUUUCUUAAGCUCAUCACCAAACACACGUACUACUAUAACUAUCUAUCACAACAAGUACUCGGUUCAAUUGAUAACGGAGUUGUUCUACUUUAAUCAAAGAUUUAAGAUAUAAAUCCUAAUAAUGCAUGCAACAGAAUUUGUUACGAAAACUUCAACACAUGUAUUAUUUUCCAAUUAAGGUAUAUAUAAAGUAUCUGAAAUCACAACCAAAUUAGUCGGAAUUUAGCAGGCUUUGAACUAUUGGGUGAUGAGAUACCCUACAAAAAUAAAAAUAUAACAAGAAAGCACUAGUAGGAGCGCCACUAGUUAGCUAAUACUAGCUACUACUACAACAUGAUACUGUAGUACAUGUUGACAGUUCAAAGCAACACUAAUAAGCUUCGGGGUUAAGGAAGUAAAUUAUAAUAAUAAAAUAAAAAGGAAAAAAAACCCUAAUAUAAAAAAAUGUGUAGUAUUAUUUAUAAUAAAAACAAAAAGAGGGAGAAUAAAAAGGGGAAAACACACCCUCAAAAAACCCUUGUGAAGCUAGCAAAAAAGCUUUACUCUUGCUCCUCUCUCUUUCUAUCUUAGCUUUGGGGUAUUUGCUUUCCUUUCAAUUUGUUUGGUGGUGCUAUCUGAUUAUAUCUCCUCUUUCAUCAUAUACUUUGAUUCUCCACCAUAUCUCCAAAGAACCCACCUUCCUCUUCUUCCAUCAACCUUUUAUAAAAGAAAGAACCUAAAAAAAAAAGAUAGAAAGAAAUUAAAGAAAGCAAGAAUUAAAGAUAGAUAUCAAAAAAAUACCUUAAUAAAAGAGAGACUAUGGUUUUCUCUUCGGUUCCACUCUAUUUAGAUCCUCCCAAUUGGCAACAGCACCCUAAUCAUCAACAAGUUCUCCAAGGUAAUAAUAAUGGUUCUGGUGGUAAUCAACAUGAUCACCAAAAUCAUCAACAACACCUUCUAUCACCACCACCGAUGCCCGGCCAACAGCCGGGCCAGCCCCAAAUGGGGAUGGGUGGUGGUGGAAACCCUGGCGGAGGACCGGGGGCUCAGCCUAUGCGCCCUAACUCGAUGGCGGAGAGAGCCCGCCAAGCGAAGAUCCCUCCACCGGAAGCUCCACUAAAGUGCCCCAGGUGUGAUUCUUCAAACACCAAGUUUUGUUACUUCAACAACUAUAGCCUAACACAGCCCCGUCACUUUUGUAAGGGUUGUAGACGGUAUUGGACACGUGGCGGGGCCCUUAGGAAUGUUCCGGUGGGUGGAGGAUGUCGGAGGAACAAAAGGUCCUCUAGUAAAUCCUCUGGAGGAGGAGGAGGUGGUGGUGGUGGUUCGUCGUCUUCUAAGUCCUCUCUCUCCUCUCCAACCGGGAUGAUAGGAGGGGAGAGAAUACCUCUACAUAUGGAUUUAGUAAGUACAAGUGGUCUUGGCCCUAGUUUCCCCGGCAUGCCCUCGGCCGGGGGCGGAACCGGGAUGUCGUCCUUCAUGGCUUCCUUACAAAACAUAGCUCAAUUAGGGAUGGGAAAUUUAGGUCUCAACUUUGGUGGGGGCCUCAACACACCUCCUCACCCUCUAGGAGGGUUAGGAGGGUUGGCUGGGGGUGCUAGUGGUAUUGGAAGUGAACAUCCUUCUCAUCAUCAAAUGGAUUAUCCUCAUCAACUCAACCCGAAUUUGAGUAAUAAUCAACAACAAGUACAUCAUCAUCAUCAAUUCCCUAACUUCUUAGGGGGUUUCGAAAUCCCCGGUGGCUCUUCAGCUGGUGCUGGAUUAUACACAUCAUCUUUUCAAAAUGAUCAUCAAGGAAUCGACGGUGGUGGUAGUGAUGAUCAACAUCAUCAUGAUCAAGAUGAUGAUCAAGUCAAUAGUAGUCUUCUCAAGAGCUGCUCAUCAACUAUGACAUCACAACUCGCGCCAGUGAAGAUGGAAGGUGAUGGUCACAGACUAAAUUUAGCCAAGCAAUUUAUGGGAAUUUCAUCUUCCGAUCACAAUAAUAAUAACAAUAACAAUAGCAAUAACAAUGCAACGGGUCAUCAAUUUUGGGGUGGUAAUAACAUUGGUAACAACUCGGCUACUCCUACUAGCAUGUGGACUGAUCUCUCCGGGCUUAAUUCAUCUUCUACUAGCCAUCUCUUAUGAAUUAUUUCGUAACUUAUUGGUUCGUCGGUAGUAGCUAGCUAGCUAUAUAUGUACUUGUAUAUUUUAGCUAAGCUAGCUCUCCAACUUGUUCUAGCUAAUUUGUUCAUCUGACUAUAUAUUGGGCUUCGAUCUUGGGAAGAAGAUGAUUUAAGUGUAUGAAAGUCAUUGUUCCAUCCAAGAAUUUCGAGAUGACCGGCAUAUAGGUGAUCAAUGAUCGUCACCACAUCUUUCAUCAUGACAACUGCAGCUAGGGUUGAGAUGUGUACUGUAUCGUCGUCUCCCUCAGUCUCUCAAUGCCAUGAUGAGAUAAUACUACUACUAGAAGUUAGUGAUCCAUAUACUCUAAGCUCUUUUAAUGUUCUUAUUACUUCGUUUUUUUUUUUUUUUGUUCAAUCCUUCCUUCAAUUUCUUGUUGGAUGUAUGGUACUUGUAUUUUGAUUGUGGGGUGUGUAAGAGUUUUGAAUCAAACCUUUAAACUUAGCUUUUGAUUAUAA